AUGAGGCGCUGCCCGUGCCGGGGGAGCCUGAGUGAGGCAGAGGCCGGGGCCCUGCCAGGAGCGGCCCGCAUGGGGCUGGAGGCGCCGCGAGGGGGGCGGCGGCGGCAGCCGGGACAGCAGCGACCUGGGCCCGGCGCAGGGCGCCCGGCUGGACGGCCCGACGGGGGCGGGCCCCGGGUCCGGAUCGAGGGGCCCAGCCUCCACACCGAGCCCGAGAGGGUCGGCCUCGGGCCUGAGCCAGGGACAGACGGACAGGUUGAGCCCGAAGCAGCUCGCCUGGGAGUGGAGACAGAGCUGCCGGGCCAAAAGACGGAGCCAGACGUAUCCAGCCUCCGGGCGUGUCCCGAAAGGAGCAGCCACUGGUCAGAGCUGGAGACAGCCGGUCCCUGGACGGAAACUGGGACAGAUGGCUUUUGGACUGGUCCACACAGGUCUGGCCUCCAGUCUCAGCCAGAGAGGGCCAGCCUCUGGACGCAGCCCAGAGUCGAUGGGCCCUGGACAGAGAUAGAGAUACAUGGGACACAGACCCAACCAGAGAGGGCCAAGACCUGGGCUGAAAACAUCCAGACCCACAAGAACAGGUCCAACCUCCGGACUCAACCAGAGGGGGGCCGUCCCUCAACAGAAUCGAGUGCUGAUGCCUCCUGGAAAGAAGUGUACACUGAUGGCUCCCAAAUACAACAGGAUACUAAAACAGCCUGGAAGCAGGUUGGCACUGAAGAUUUCCCAACACAGCAAGAUACUGUUGGCUCCUGGACAUGGUCUGGCACUGAUGGUGCUCAGACACAAGAUAUUCAUGGACCCCAGACAGAACCUGGGACAGACUGUUUUUUGGGGGAGUCCAAGCAGGAUGGCACAUUAGAGGAACCAGAACCUGGGGAGUUGGGGACUCACCUAUACUCUCACCUGGAGUGUAGCUCCCUGACCCCUGUGCCCCGCCUCAUCAUCACUCCUGAAACACCUGAGCCUGAGGCUCAGCCAGUGGGACCCCCCUCCCGGGCUGAGGGGGGCAGUGGCGGCUUCUCCUCUGCCUCCUCUUUCGACGAGUCUGAGGAUGAUGUCGUGGCCGGGGGCGGAGGUGCCAGCGACCCUGAGGACAGGUCUGGGAACAAACCAUGGAAGAAGCUGAAGACAGUUCUGAAAUACUCGCCCUUCGUGGUCUCCUUCCGAAAACACUACCCUUGGGUCCAGCUGUCGGGACAUGCUGGGAACUUCCAGGCAGGAGAGGACGGUCGGAUCCUCAAGCGUUUUUGUCAGUGUGAGCAGCGCAGCCUGGAGCAGCUGAUGAGUGACCCCCUUCGGCCUUUCGUGCCCACCUACUAUGGCGUGGUGCAGCGGGAUGGCCAGGCCUUCAACCAGAUGGAAGAUCUCCUGGCAGAUUUUGAGGGCCCCUCCAUCAUGGACUGCAAGAUGGGCAGCAGGACCUACCUGGAGGAGGAGCUAGUGAAGGCCCGAGAAAGGCCCCGGCCCCGGAAGGACAUGUAUGAGAAGAUGGUGGCUGUGGACCCCAGGGCCCCCACCCCUGAGGAACAUGCCCAGGGUGCUGUCACCAAGCCCCGCUACAUGCAGUGGAGGGAGACCGUGAGCUCGACCUCCACUCUGGGCUUCCGGAUUGAGGGCAUCAAGAAGGCCAAUGGGACCUGCAACACCAACUUCAAGAAGACCCAGGAGAAGGAGCAGGUGACAAAGGUGUUGGAGGACUUUGUGGAGGGGAACCGUGGCAUUCUGAGAAAGUACAUGGCUCGCCUGGAAGAGCUCCGAGAGGCUCUGGAGAACUCCCCCUUCUUCAAGACCCAUGAGGUGGUGGGCAGCUCCCUCCUCUUCGUGCAUGACCACACUGGCCUGGCCAGGGUCUGGAUGAUUGACUUCGGCAAAACAGUGGCCCUGCCUGACCACCAGACGCUCAGCCACCGACUGCCCUGGGCCGAGGGCAACCGCGAGGAUGGGUACCUCUGGGGUUUGGACAACUUGAUCCGCCUCCUUCGGGGGCUAGCCCAGGGUUGACCCACCUGCCCGCUGCCAGGUUUAUUUAUUGGCUGGUGCCUAUCUGGCUGGUGGUGCCCCAAGAUUGGCCAUGGGGUCACUGACCACGGGGAUGGGAGAGGUGGCAUUGGACACCGCACAAGACCGGAUGGAAGGUCUGAAGGGCCUUGGAGACCAGUUAGUGCCCGGCUCUUCCCAUGAUUCGGAGGUUUUAAAGACUGGAGCAGGGGUGUGACAUGGCUGCAUCCCACAGUGCAUCAGAACCAGACUGGGUCCUCCGCCCAGCCCAGAAAGUUUCUGAGGGGCUGCUGGAGACCAUAACUGAACCGCGAGCCCUGACAGAACACAGUUCAGAUGCCACUGGCCACAGGCGUGACAUGGUGCCCGUCGCUGUAAGAAUGAGUGUAAUCACUGCCUCCUUGUCAGCCCCCUCCUGGCUGUAGGCUGGUUCCCAGAGGCCGGGGACGGUCAGUUUCAUUGCUGGUGCGCUGGAGAACCAGCCUUCACCUGCAAAUAAAGGCAGGAGCCACCUGUCUGCCUAGGAGAGUUCUGGCCCCAUCUGCUUGUCCCCGGGAGCCACUCCAGUACCCACAGACCUUGGGGAGGGUGUGACACCACAUGGGGCUGGUCUGAGCACUCUGCUGUCCGGUGGGACCCAGUUCACCCUGUCCUGCCCUCUCCAGGCCCCAUGGGGAUCCUCCCCACUCCAGAAAGAACUCUGCCAACCCCCUGCAGACUGAGACCAUAGCCACUUCCCGGGCCUCCACUGUGACUAGCACCACCUUGUUCCUUGGGCACCGGCCUCAGCCUGGGGACUUCCUCCUCCCACCCCGUACCCUUUUGCCCUUGCUCCUAGCUGGCCUGUGGCAGGAAGGGCUUUCAGCCAUAGAAAAGCAGGUUUGGGAAGCGGAGCUGCCUUCCUCCACGGGUGCAGGGUAGGUUGGGCCACUGGCUGUGGCCUGGAGUGUGCCACCGGGUCCACCCCACUGACCCUGGCAGCACCAAGCGUAUGUGACGCCCAUCCCAUCCCCCUCCUCCUGCACCUGUACCUUUGGCUUCCUGGCCUCUGAGGCAGGGAACCAGGCACCUCCCUCUUCCCUAAGCUGAAGCUCGAAUGUGUCUUCCGGGCCCGAGGAGAUGUGCUUCUUUUCUACUGACUGUCUUUAUACUUAUUUAUACGGGAGGUAGUCGUUAGCUGGGGCAGUGUUGGGGAACAGGAGGCAAAAUCACUUUGUGUACUUUCCCCUCCAGGACGACGCCCCAAUA